UUUUCCGAACGAUGGCUGUUGUUUUCUCUUAUACAAAAAAAAGUCGAAGAAAUUCUUACAAAAUCUUCUAAAUUGUAGCUAAAUUUUACACUAGUUUUACGGUAAAUUAGUCAAACGACGCGAACAAGUGGACGGAGCUACGCACAUUUAGACUUGAUUCGGCGUUAGGAAAAAUUGUAUCCAAAAUCAAUCACCAAAAGUUCAGGAUAAGAAGAAAAAAUCCACUUUUCCGCAGUUUGUGUAGUCUAGGUGAUUGUGGGAAAACAAGUGUUUUGAAAAGAGAAAACUUAAUCGCUCUAGGCAAACUUUUGAACCAAUUUUCGUCACUAGAUUGAACGCUUGGGAAAAUUCCGAAAGACAAGCAAAAGCGAAGAAAUCGAUUUGCGGCUUGUUGUUCUUGCCAAGCCAUACCGAUACCGAUAAAGGAGCAGAAAAAAGUCAAGGAUGAAACUUUGCAGAAUUGAUGGCAAACGAGGAAUUUUGGAACGUCGUCGUCGGUUUUGCACUGCUACUGUUGUUGCCCCCCAACCAAGGCGAAUUUAGAUCGGAGAAAAUUGGUGUGCUUUGCUUUGCCUAGGAAUUGGACCCGGAGCCCUCCGCAAUGGAUGCCGUUGUGCUGAUAGCGUGCCUGGCCUUGGUGGGAACGUUGCUGAUUGUGCUGCUGCUGCUGUGUCGGUUGGUUCAACCGUACGACGUUGCCUGGUUUCUGUCCAACCGAGAGGAUAAAAUCAGCCUGUCCAAGAUGCGGCUGUACAAUGCGAACGGAUAUUUGAUGCACUCCGGCUCGGAGAUCUAUCUCGGCUCGACGGGCAGCUUUCAGCGGUUCGAUUCCGUCGACCGUGACUACAAACCCCAGUACGGCCAAGGAUCGGGCCUUACCGUUCCCCCGUGGCGAACCUCGUCUACCGAAGAGGCCGAAAUACCCCCGCAACCGCUACGACCAGCCCCGUCACCCCGGGAACCGAAACUGACACGGGAGAAAAUAAUCCAAAAGCAAACAUCGGAACCCAAACCUGCCACCGGAGCUAUAAUCAUAUCACCAAUUCCACGUCCCGUCCCACGUAAGCAGCACUCGUUCCCGAUAUCUUUCCCACUGCCAGUAAUCAGCUCACCACGAGAAAAGCGCUUCCACAAUGAACCUCACAUAUGCACCAAUCCCUUUCUCAACCAACCGCCUCUGAAGGAGGAAAGCGAUCCUCCGCCACCUUUGCUUCCACCCCCGGCACCACCGGAACAAGCCGCCCCGGAGCCCCCUUUCCUUCAGCGACUCAUCAAAUCCGCAAACAACCCCUUCCUAUCCGACUCGCGCAAAUCCGAAGACGAAUGCAUAUUCAACUUCGAACCUGCAACGGUGCAAUCCGUUUACGCCGAGGAAGAUCCACUACGGCGGAUCGAGAAACGCCUUUCCAAGAUGGAGAAUAUUCGCCGGAUGUCCCGUCUCAUUGAAAGCAACCAGGUUCUGUUGAACAUCUACCAGCAGUUCAACGGUACCGUCGAUCGAUCCCAAGAAAACGAUCCAACACCACCCCCAUCAGCUAGACAACUACCCCCAUCCAGCCGAAUGCCUGGUCCAUCUUCAUCCUCAUCCACCUCUCCACUGAUCUCCCCAAAACUCCUUGACAGUGCAUCACCUCCUCGAAUCUCCCCUACACCUCCAUCAGCUCCCGUCCCAUCUACCAGCCGGACCGAUCACAGCAAGUACCAGGACUCACCUCGGACAGACGUCGCCGACAACAUCAGGAUUCCUACCGUCUCCAAUAGCAUCAAGCACAUCCUGCGGAAUCGGUCCUUCUCCGAGACGGAGUUCAGCGAACGGAAGCUGAUCAAGAGUUUCGCACUGGUAUCCGAGGAGCCCGAUCAGGGCGGAGGAAGCAUCGGCGGCAGUAGCAGUACGACGCCUCCGCCUCUGCUGAAGAAUUCCUCCUACAAGGACCUCAGUCGGUACUACGGAACCGCUCAGCAGACACCAUACGGCGGCCAAUCGGUGCUGCAGAAAACCGUUUCGGAGUCGUUCCUCGAACGGUACUCGCUCGGACGGGGCGAAUAUGAUUCGGAAGCGGGUGGUACCAGCAGUGGUUGUGGAUCGGGGACCGGUGGUGGAGCGUUCAGCAAUCUCAGUUCAGCCGAUCGGCUGCGGUCGGUGAUGCCGUCGGUGUCUAGCGAAUCCGUUGCUUCGCAAUCGUCGGUGAUCUUCACCGACCUCAAACCGAUCCAAGCGAUCACCGGGUACCUUUGCAUUGGACUGCAGUAUGAUAAGUCCAGUACGACAAUCGAAGGCAUGGAACUGCUGGUCACGAUUCAGGAAGCGAAACAGCUGGUCGGUCCACCGGGAGUGGACAUGGAUACGUUCGUGAAGGUGUUUAUCGUACCUGAUGAGAGUAAGGUGCUUCAGACCAAGGUUUUUAAGGAUUCCAACUUCCCUAGCUAUCAGGAGACGUUCACCUUUUGGAUCACUCACAAGAACAUCCGACGGUCGCUUUGGUUCCACGUGUAUCAUACCAGUGCGAAGGAGCAAACUUUAAUCGGUGAAUGCGAAAUGCAGAUCAACGAGAACAUCAACCGACCGAUGACGACGUGGCUUAAGCUGGUGGACUCAAGCCACAAGAAGAGCCAGCUUGGCGAGUUGAUGUUCUCGCUUAGCUAUCUGCCGACGGCCGAGCGACUAACGGUGGUGAUCGUAAAAGCCCGAAACCUUAACCUCAAAAACCGGACCAACCGAACUAGGGGGCAGCAGCUAGUGCAGCAAAACGCUAUCGAUGAUUCCGAACCGGCAGUCGACGAUCUGAUCGAGGUGGACUCCAGCGAGAGUAUUUUCGUGAAGGUGUACCUGUUGAAGAACGAUAAGAAAGUUUCCAAGAAGAAAACUGCCGUUAAGAGAGGCGAGCGAUCGCCGAUCUACAAUGAGGCGAUCAUCUUCAGCGUUCCUCCGUACAUGUUGAAUUCGAUUCAGAUUCGUUUGUCGGUCGUGCAGAUGAUCAAUAGGGAUAGCAGCAGUACCAAUACCAUCAGCAGCAACAACAAUAGCAACAAUCUCAUAAACCUGUAUGACAAUAGUACCAACAGUAGCAGCGGUAGCAGUUUGAAUCGGAAGCCAAGUAUCAAGCUGGUCUCGAUUGGGCACGUAAUUGUGGGAAGUGGAACCACUGGAAAGGGUUUGAGGCACUGGCAUCAGAUGUUGACUACACUGAGGAAGCCGGUGACCAUGUGGCACGCAUUGAAGACAACUUCCGAGCGGAAGCAGAGAAAGCUAUCAGCAGAGCUGGAAAAGGACAGUGCUUAGACAUAUUGAAGCAGGGCAAAGCGAUAGGCGUUACUAUUUAUGAUAAUAAUGGUAAUACAGUAAUAAAUUGAAAAUGUUAUAAUGAGAAACACCUAGCUAAUAAUCAGUUGAAGAUUAACAGAGAAGUAUUAUAAACAACCGUUAGUUAAGUAAACAGAAGUAAAUUUCGUAUAUACCAAAUUUUUCAUCGUCGCCAAAGGUAAUAUAUACAUUGAAUUAAACUCACAUUACUAUACGAUUUCCGCAAACUGGCGGAAAAUUAGGGAAAAUCAUACUUCAAAACUAUUCUAAGUAAACAAUACCACAAAAAAACAACAACCAUAAAACACACACAAGCAAACCAAUGACAACUAUUCUAACAAAACUGUUGACUUUAUUCUACCGAAACGGAAUUAACUUUCACAGCAACUAUCAUUAAACAUUCAAUCGAACAAAAAAUCACAUCACAAGUAUUAUACCGUUUUUCUUAAGGAUUUGAUAUAAUAAAGUACU